GUUGUUAACCCUAGCUGUAGGCAGGCCCAGGUCGCACGCAGACGAGCCGCCGCCGGCGCAAACUCUGUCUCCGGGGAGUGGAGCGGCGGCGCAGCGGGUGGAGCGUCAUCUUCUUGCGGCGGCGACUUCGUUCGGUGCUUGCGGCCGCCAGACCUGACCAGGUUUGCCCCUCAGCUACCGCAAACUCUCAUUCCGGGGAGAAGCGGCGUCGGCGUCGCCGUCGGCGGCACAGCAACUGUUGAGCGGCGGCAAUCCCAGAUUUUCGGUGACCUCGUUGCAGGUUCGUCAUGUCGUCGUUCGCCGGCGUAACUGUCCUCGACGGACACAACCAGUGCCAUUGCGAAAUGUCGGGCAUCUACGCCAGCGCCGGUGUGGACGCCGGGUACCACCUGCUCAUUGUCAAGGGCUACUCGCGUACCAAAGAGUUCUUCCCCACCGGCGAGAACAUCACCUCCGGUCAUUUUGUAGUAGGAGGCCACGAUUGGUUACUCGAGUACUACCCCAACGGCUUGGACCCGAGCUGCGCCGACUACAUUUCUGUGUAUCUAACCCUUCUCUAUGACUCCGAUGUCGAUGAGGAGGACGUGGAGGUCAAGUUCAGUUUCAGUCUCAUCAACCAGGUUGAGAAGCAGAUGCCAAUGUACAUUCGUGGAACUAAAACUUACAGCUUCUCCAGCAGCGUUCCAAUGUGGGGCAUCAGCAAGUUUGUGAGAAGAGAUGCCCUUGAGCAGUCCCCGGAUCUGAUAUCUGAUUGUUUUACCAUCCGGUGCGACAUCAUGGUUUGCAAGGACCCCAAAACUAAGGAUGAUGCCGGUGGCACCCUGCCUGACAUUCACCAGCAUUUCAGCAAUCUCCUUGAUGAUAAGUUGGGUGCUGAUGUGGCAUUUGAGGUCGGCGGUGAGACGUUCGCCGCACACCGCUGCGUGCUCGCAGCCCGAUCCACAGUGUUCAGGGCACAACUCUUUGGCCCCAUGAAGGAGGGCACUGCCACGUCCAGCAUCAUACAGAUCAAGGACAUGGAAGCAAAAGUGUUCAGGGCUUUGCUUAGCUUCGUCUACACAGACUCAUUCCCUGAGAUGUACAAGGACAUCAUGGAGGAAAAUCACAUGAUAGAUUUUGAGGAGCAAGAACAAGCAGAUGAAGCUGUAGAUGAUGAAAUGUCAGAAGCUGUGGAACCAGGACAAGAAGAGCAUGAAAUUUGGCUGCAAGACUUGUUGGUAGCGGCAGACCGAUAUGAUCUCCAGCGGCUCAAGUUCAUAUGUGAAAAGCGGUUAUCUGAGUGCAUAGGUGUGAACUCGGUGGCAGCCACCCUUGCUCUAGCUGAGAAGCACCACUGCCACGGAUUGAAGGAGGCGUGCUUGGAGUUUAUCCAAGUCCAGUCUCCCUCACGUUUGAAGAGAGUAAUGGCAACAAGUGGCUGGGAGCAUAUAAUCACAACGUAUCCCUCUGUUCUGAACGAGUUCAUUGCCAAGCUUAUUGCUUCAAGACGGAAGUAACGCUCACUCGGCAUAUAUAUGGGGAAGCAAAGCAAUGGAGAGAUGCAUGCACUAAUGCCCGCUGGAGAUGCUGCGACGAGAUAUGAUCACUCCUGGUCGUGGGGCAGGGGUGUAAGGGUAGUGCCAAACACCAGCUGGUUGGGAAGAAUUGCUUGGGGGUGCUUGGCCUGAAUGACGCCGAGGGCGCCCUGUGCCUCAAGGCCAAACACCAGUUGGUUCUGAAGGCCAAAUACCAGCUAGUUCUGAAGGCCACAUACCAACUGGAAAAUGUACUGGAAAAUGCUUCUAGUACUCUUAUCUGUGUCUUGUUCUGGAAAAGAAUUAUAGUUCUUGGUGAAAGUUUUUUUCACCACGUGUGUUAAUUUCACUUGAAAUGCUAUAUGUAUGUAUGUAUGUAUGUACUGACCCACUCAGGUGUUAAAACCAUUCUUUUCUU